UUAUUGCUGUAUAAAAUAGUUGCAGAAUUUCAGAACUAUCAGAAUCACAGAGGCUGUCAAUAACCAGCGAGAUGGAAAGGUUACAAGAAGAACUCAUGGGUUCAGGCAUUGGUCCUCGACAGGCAAGACCUUUCCUUUACAUCUAUGCAUUUCUGGCUGUGUCGUUCAUUCUGACUAUUGGACUGUUCAUAGCAGUAUUUACAGGUCCACACCAUGGUCCAGUUUCUCAGCCUGACAGUGGAAACAAGACAGAGUUUAUUGCAUUGAAACAGACAGCUGACAUGCUGUCUUCUAGAGAAAAUGAUCUUGAAUCCAGACUCGGCAGAGAAGUUGCACAAUUAAAUUCUAAAGCUGCAGCAGCAUCUGCUAACAUUGGAACACUGGAAACUAAAGUGAACACAGAAAUUCUCAGCUUGAAAAACUCAGUUUUAGAGCUGUCCUCGUUAAUCACAUCUAUAUCUGGGAGUCAGAAUCAACUAAAGCAACAAGUCUCGCAGCUCCCAACAUCCUUGGAUGUCCAAACUAAUAUAAACCAAGUGAAGCAGGAAAUUAGCAGCCUAAAAGAAGAACUUGCUUCAUUUAAACUAAAGGAUCUUGGCUGGAAGACAUUCAAGAAUAAACAGUACUUCUUGACAAAUAACACACUACCCUGGGACCAGGCAAAGAGUUGGUGUGAAUCUAAGGGAGCAAAACUGGCUGUCAUCACUAGCCAAGAACAACAGGAUUUUAUAAAAUCCAUAACAAACAACAACCGCUAUUGGAUUGGGCUUAGUGACCAUGUAAAAGAAGGAGACUGGCACUGGAUAGAUGGCACAGAUUACAAAAGCAAUGUAAAGUUCUGGAAGCCAGGAGAACCCAAUGAUUCCGGUGACGAGGACUGUGCCCAUAUCUGGACAAAUGGCUUAUGGAACGAUGUACCAUGUUCCAUGAAGUACACCUCCAUUUGUGAAAAAAAUGCUUAGCACUUAGCAGUGUGCAAACUGAUAUGAGGAUAUAUUUGAUUCUGUUAGCAAUUUGUGAUUUAUCGAAAAACAGCAGUGUACAAUUGACUAAUAAAGCUCUAAAUCUGCACUUAAAAAUGAAUAAAACAGUAAAUUGUAUCAAAGAAUGCAAGUGGUAGUGAGUUAAAUGGUUAGCAUGUACUACACUCAGAAAUUUCAUAUGGACCACUGAAUUAACAGCUUCUUAAUUGCCUUCAUUAACAAGUAACAGAUGGAGCAAGGAUUUAGACCAGAGUGUUACUGCCACCGAAUAGUUCUUAGGAAUGCAGAAGAUAGUGUGUAGUCAGCUAAUCAUGACAUAAAGUGCUGCACAAAAGCCUUACCUUGAAGUCUAAAUUAAUCCAGCAGUCAAACAAGUGAGAAAGAUGGCAUACUUCCUUGGAGCAAAGGCUAGAAAAUCAAGAAAGAAUUCAUUGCAGAGCUGCUCCUCUGCCAUAGAACAUCAGGAGAAAGGUCAUUACUUAUACAAAUCAGAAGUCAUCUAACUAAUGUAGUCAGUCUGGCACUGGAGUCAUUGUAUCUGUAGAUCAGAGUGUAUGUGCUGGGUGCUGUGUCUUAAAGAAGCAUGCCAAAGACUGUAUAUGCACACAUAAAUUCCAGACACGCACAAUCCCAACUGCCAUUUUGGAAGAGCAGCCAAAACAUGAGCUUGCAUGAUUGGUUAGUUUGUAUAUAAAUUACUUUAGUUAAAGGCUGUAAACGUCUAUAGUAAUGCAUUUGUAUAGAAUAAAGCUGCUUGAACAGAGCCCACAAAG